ACUAUCCCCCACUUCUCCAAGUCUCCAACUCCUUCCUGCAGCAAAUGCCCUAGCCUCCACCAAAGAAAGCAAACCCUAGCAGCCUCCACCAAUCGUUGUCGCCGUCUGUCGGAGUGGGAGAUUGCUGCCGUCGUCCGUCGCAAUCAAGAACUACCGUCUUCGUGCUCUCGGGCCUCUCGCCGGAUCCUCCGCGUCGUGUGCUCGCAUCUCGCCUCUCUCCUCUGUGCUCGGCUGCUCGCGCCUCCCUCCGCCAGUGAGUGCUCGAGCUGUGCGCGUUGGUUGCUGCUCGUCGUCCGUGGUUGUCUCUGCUUGAUUCUGCCUCCCAGUGUCACUCGAGUCUCGUCUCAGUCACUGGCAUCUCGUGGUUCGCCUGUCUCGUCGCCGGCGGCAGAAGCAACUCGUGGGUUUGUCCCUUGCGUCGUCGCCUUCCGCCGGGUGGUCGCUGACUCGCCGUCGACCGUUGGUUCAGUGUUGGCUCCAACUUUCAAAUGGGAAUUAGGAGCUGGUGAAGAUAACAACAUCUUCUGGAACUGAGUCUGUUGUUUCACUGCCUGAUGGGAAAAUCUGUGUGUAUCUUUGUUCAUAUGCGAUUCCAGUAAUGACGAGCUGAAGAAAGAAUCAAAUAUGGAAGGUGAUCUUCAGAAGUCUUUGUCUUUGCGCCCCAAUCGUAGAGGAGACCGAAAUAAUCAAACCGCAUCUGAUAAAGAUUCAGAAGCGGGUUUCCUUUCUUCAGGGUGGGCCUCCCAAGAUGGUUACCCGGUUAAGAUUGUUUGGCGGAAGGGGUUUAUUCAAUUGGUUCUUGUUGCGGGGAUCCUGUGGAUGCUAUUAAUUCUUGUUGCAUUGUUGUUCCAUAUAUGGUCUUGUCAAUCUACUGUCUCCUUUUUAUCAGUUAUGUGUAACAAAGAAAGCAAGGUUUACUACAUGUUAGACACUAUGGGACUUGUAUCAAAACCUCACAGGUGCCCUAUUCCUGUUGCCAACAACCCUGAUAAAAUUAUUAUCCCAAAUGGAAGAACUUCUGACAAAAUUGUUAAAAAGUUAUCAUAUGUUAUGGAAGAUGAAAUUUCACAUAAUGGUUCUCAAUCAUCUCCUCUUUUUGGAGGCCAUAUAAGUUGGAAGCAGAGGGAGGAAAGUUUCAAACUAAAAUCAAAUAUGAAGGUGCACUGUGGAUUUAUCCAAGGCGGUGGUGCUGACAUGGAUCCUGUAGACAUCAAAUAUGUCAAGAAAUGUAAAUUUGUUGUUGCAUCUGGCAUUUUUGACGGCUAUGAUCUACCUCAUCAACCAUCAAAUAUAAGUGAUCGCUCCAAGAAGCUCUUUUGCUUUCUUAUGGCGGUGGAUGAAGUAUCUCUGAAAUUCAUUAGGGAAAAUGCUACUGUCAAAGUAGACAACGAUGGUGGAAAAUGGGUAGGAAUUUGGCGUCUUAUUCUUCUUAAGCAUCCACCUUAUGAUGAACCAAGAAGGAAUGGGAAGGUUCCCAAGAUUUUAACUCACAGAAUGUUCCCUGAAGCACAAUAUAGCAUAUGGAUAGAUGGUAAAAUGGAGCUGAUAGUUGAUCCAUUGCUAAUGCUUGAGAGAUAUCUAUGGCGUGGGAAGCAUUCAUUUGCCAUUGCUCAACAUAAGCAUCACCGCAGUAUAUACGAAGAGGCAGAUGCAAACAAAAGGCGAAAGCGAUAUGCACGACCCCUCAUUGAUCUCCACAUGAAAAUCUACUAUUAUGAGGGAAUGAAGGAAUGGAAUCCAAAGAAAAGGACUGCUAGUGAUGUGCCAGAGGGAGCAAUCAUACUCCGAGAACACACUGCGAUGAACGACUUGUUUAGCUGCUUGUGGUUCAAUGAGGUUCAUCUCUUCACACCAAGAGAUCAACUUAGUUUUGGAUAUGUUGCUUACAGAUUAGGGGAGUCAUUCAACUUCUUCAUGUUUCCAAACUGUGAAUAUAAUUCACUGUUUGUGUUGCACCCUCACACAAGAGAGCACUCUUCUCCCAUUGAAUGGGUUAAACGGUUGGAUGAACUCAAGAAUAGCAACUUAAGAGAAACUAGAGGAGGAUUAGGUUUAUUCACCCCUUAUCCAGGGAAUCUUAAAUCUGUUGUUCUGCCAAAUGUAACAAGAACAUCUAAAGCAGGCUGAAUUUUUGUUUGAUAACAUUGAUCCGUCUCCUAUGUAAUUUUUCCCUCGAGAUUUAUUGUUAAUUUACUUAAUGAAUGUGAGGAAAAGAUAUAUUUUUGUUAAC